UGUCAAAGUGUAGGCUUGGUCCUUGGUCCGACGGUGCCUCAGCUUGCGGAGAUUUGCAUUACAAAUAAAACAAUUUGAAACGUUAUCAAAUCAGUAUUUUAAAUAACAACAUAAGCCAAAAUGUCGACGCCGCCUAAAGAGACAAUACAGAAACAAAUCCAACAGGAUUGGGCAAACAGGGAAUACAUUGAAGUUAUAACUGGCAGUAUAAAGAAAAUCACAGAUUUCCUGAAUUCAUUUGACAUGUCGUGUCGAUCCCGUCUUGCCACACUGAAUGAGAAACUAACAUCUCUGGAAAGGAAGAUUGAUUAUCUGGAAGCUUGCGUAACUAAAGGUGAAACACUGACAUAACCUGAAUACCAUAGUCAAUCACAGAGUAUUAAACCUUUUUUAACGAGAUUGUAUUAAUUUUAAUUUCCAUUUUUUAAUGCUUGUUAUAGAGAUAGGUAUAGUUUAUAAAUUAUUCUUAAGUAUACAAUUUUAUAUAUAAAUUAAUUUAAAUAAUAAACUGUAGUCGUAUCAUGUAAUUCGGUCGCAUCCUUUACUCAAUCAUUGUGAAACAUUGGUCGCCAUUACAAUGUAUAAGCGCAAAUAUAAGACACUGCCGUGUACGCAGUUUUUAGCUGAUAAAUUUGAAAAUGUAAUGUGACUGCGUAAAUAUAUUAUUGAAACAUA